AUUUUCUAAUUUUAAAUUCAUUAAGUGUGUUGUGAUGACGCAUACAUUUUAAGAUGUCUAUGAACAACAUAACCAAAUAACACAAUUUCGUUUUAUUUUCCAAUUUUAAUUAAAAGUUAAUGUUAAAAAUGUCUCUAAACGUGUUAUUGGGUUACAUUAACCGCGAAAUAAGCGAGGAUGAGUUAAUAACUUGGUUAAAUUCUGCAGAAAACUCGGUUAGAUUUAUCAAAAAUGUUUCGUGUAACCCCCACGAUUUUUUAGCUUAUUUCAUAAAUUUCCUCCACGAUUCUCCAUUAAUAAGCGCCGAAAAUUUAUUAUUAACAACCCCCGAUAACAAAAUCAAAAAGAAUUUUAAUACAAGCUUCACGACAAGCACACCGAUUAAUAAAACCCCCAAUUUAAACGCAACUUGGCCGAGGAAAAGCAACGAGUUCAAAUCGAAGAGGAGUUUAAAUUUUUACCAAAAAGACCAUACUUUGUGUUUGGGGGAUUUCGUCUCCAACAUAAAAACCGUUAACAAACAAAACAAAAGGAGAAUUAAACCAACUUUCCUUAAUAAAAGUGAGGUUAACUCCAACGAAAAAGAAAACGUAAACAUUAAAAACCUCGAAGAGCCAAAUUUAUUUAAAGGAAUCGAUUGCGAGAACGUCGAGGAGAGUCGCACCAAAAUAAUCGGAGAUUUAAACGAGCUCCAAAAAAAUCAUUUAAAAUUAGACAACUUAAAUUUCAACAUAAUCAAAAAAGAGGAAUUAAUCCCGAAGUUAAAAAAUUCUACAUUCACCUCACAAAUCGAUUUGAUUGUGAAACUUUACGUCUAUUUAAUCAAGAAUAAUUCCGCACUAAACGUUCUAUCGGAGUUAUAUUUCUUGAUAUCUUUAUUAACCUCAAAAUCUCAACUCUACGAUGAAUCAAAUUCGAAAUCCGUCGAUGAGAACUCGAUAAAAUCGCUUUUUAAAUCGAUUCAUAACCAAAUUUAUUUCUCCUUGGAAUCUUUGAGUCAACUAAAAGAUUAUUUGAAGAUUUUCGAUAAAACCACGCUAAAUUUGAUAUUGAAUAACCCGAGAAUCUCCGAUUUUUAUCAAGAUAAGUAUUUUAAUCUCGAAAUAUUCAUCAAAUCAUUAAUUAACGAGAAAAAUAAGGAAACGUUAAGUACCCCACAAAAAAGUGAGGUUAGAAAUGUGAAUUUCACCACCGAAACCGACAAUAAAGACAAUUUCAUCAAUUUAACAUCUUUUCACGCGUUCAGGAAACAACGAGAUUCCUUUUAUGACUUAUUAAACGUUUGGGAGGAUAAAUUGAAGAAGUCAAAAAACACCGAGUAUAUUUUCCAACAAAAAAUUAAAAAUUUAUUGGGGUUAUGUACCGAUCCCGUUAAUUUGAGGCAAUUAGCAAAGUUAUUUAAAUCACAGUUAUUAUUGAUGUGUAAUAAGGAAAUUGAGGUCGAUUUGGUGCAAAACGAAGAAGAAAUCUUUAAACACUUCCCCGGAGUCGAUUCAUCAAAAUUAAAUAAGUUACGGAUGAGAUUGUCGUCGAGGAAUCAUUCCGAUUUUGAGUCAAAACCCGAUUUUUAUGGUUAUGAAGAAUUUUUUAAGGGGUUUAUUUUAAAUUGUGCGAAUCCCUCCUUUUUGGAGCACCUAAAAGAUGUGAUUUUGAACCAUAUCUUGAUUGAAAAUGAUUAUGUAUUUACUGGAUAUGAUUUAAUACAUAGAGAAAACGUUCUAAAAACGCAAGCCAUUGACAGUUUGUACAAAAAACUGUCGGAAUUAUUAAUUUUGGCGAAAUUUUUAGGUUAUGUUGAGUCUUUACCCUACCAAGAAAGCUCGAAAAGCAUUCCGAAUAAAGUUUUAUUGAACCAGAUUAAAACGCGAACUUUUUUUCGCCCAAUUUUGGACUUAAAUGACUUAAUAAUUGGGGCUAUAAACAAGAAAAGAAUUGCUUUUACAAUUCCUUGGAUUGUAAUCUAUUUAUCGAUGUUCGAUUACGUAUCGCUGCGUUUACCGAGUUACCAAAAACCGAUUAAAACUUUAUUCGAGAUUAAUCAAGGGGUGCAACCCCAAAAUUAUGGGAGCUUACUUGUUAUUGUCUCAUUAAAUUGGUUGUUUGGGUUACCCCAUUUCCCAAAGAAUGAAAAAUUGAGCCAUAAAGAAAAAAUUUUCGAUGAAGAUGAUAAAUCGGAGGAUUAUUUUAAAAAAAUUUUAAACGGAAAUCCCCAAAACGGGUUUCCUAUCGACGAAUUAAAUUUAAUAAGUGAAAAUUGUUUGUAUUUGUGCGUCCCCGCUUUAGAGGUGUUUAAAAAUGUUUUAUCAACCAAUAAUAACCCAAAAAAUUGUUACGUUUCUAAGCACAUAACCCCGCUAACAAAAAAAGAACCCGAAAAAUCAAUCGAGGAGAUCCAAAAACAACUCGAAGAGGCCUUUUUAAACUCGCAACCCGAAACGGUCCGAAAACUAAUCGAAUUCGCUACGGAAAAGGUGACCUCAAGUUGCAUUCAACACCUAACCUCAAAAAUAAUCGAAAUUCGUAAAGACAUUGUUAAAUCCCACCUAAUUAAGCCCGACAAAUCAAUAAAUGAUCUCCUCAAUGAGAUUAAAUCGAAAUGUUUUGAGAUAUCCGAGAAAAUAAUCCAAGAAAAAAUCGAUUUAUCAAUAAAAGGGUUAAGUUCGAUCGAUGAGUUACCCGUUGUUGUGGAAAAAUGCGUUACGAUAUCAAAAAAAAUUUGCCGGGAGAAAAUAAAAACGUGGAUUGAGGUUAGUUUGAGCUCCAAAGAUGUUGAAAAGGCGAUUAAUCAAGAAGAAAGGAGAAUCAAAACCCCGAAUAAUAAAAUCAGUUCGAAUUUAACAAGGACAUUGGAUAAUCAUCAUGAAGAUAGUUUAAGCGGAGUCGAAAUGUUAAACGAAAUCAAAGAAUUAAUGCUUAAUUUAAUUGAAAAUCAACAAAAUGAUUUUAAAAAAAUAAUUCAUGUUUUAGAUGAGGCUCAAGUUACGAUUGAACAUCGAUGUGAUGUUAAUGAUAAUGUUGUUUUCACGAUAUAUAAAUUAAUCGUUGAGUUAUCCAUGGUUUUAGUUGUUUUUAACCCACAUCUUGCCGAAUUAACACUAAAAACUUUAAAAAAAUUUUGGAGCGACUCAAAACCACCAAACGAAACUUUCAAACAAAUCGUAUCAAUACGAAACAUCCAUAUGUUGUCCAAAUCAGGGGAUAAAAAGCAUUCUUGGGACGUUUUCAUUAAGUUAUUAACGAUGAUCGUUGAAAAUCGACUCAUUUUAAAAGAAGAUUUUGAGGCGCAAUGUUUAAGCGUUUUUAAACAAAAUUGGGACGAUGUGACAUUAAAAGAAAUUUGCGCCGGAUACCAACAAUUAAUUAAAAAUUUACAUGCUAAAAAUAUAUUUUUAAGUGAAUUGUUAACGUUUUUAUCCACGUUUUGUUACGAUUUAAAUAAUUUUUAAUUAAUAAAGUAAAAUUUUAUCUAAAA